CUCCCUUUUUUCCACAUCCAAAAUCACAGACACGAAGAACUCCACAAAGAAAGAAAAGUGGCAGUUGAGAUUUUUGUGCUUUUCUUCUGUAAAAUUGCAUGCUUUUCCCUUGAUUUGCUUUUUAGAAGCCAUGAAAGCUACAGCUUGAAGCUUUUCCUUUAACUUUUGUCGUUUGUUUUCUUUUUCUUUUUACUCUAUUUGGUCUCUGUUUUUUCUUACAUAAAAAACCCUUUUUUGUCUUCAAAAUCUCCAAACCCUUUUUCAGUUCCCCAUCUCAGAUCACCGAAACUUCUUAUCGAAAAUCCAACCCAAUUUUCUCAGAAAAACAUAAAACAGAGAGAAAUUUUUUGAAUUUGUGCUCUGUUUUUUCAAACAAUGCAAGACUCAUCAACGUUUCAGCCAAUUAAACCACAAUUUCCGGAACAAGAACAACUUAAAUGUCCUCGUUGUGAUUCUACAAACACCAAAUUUUGCUAUUACAAUAACUAUAAUCUUUCUCAGCCUCGUCAUUUCUGUAAGAAUUGCCGACGCUAUUGGACUAAAGGCGGCGCUCUUCGCAACAUCCCCGUUGGCGGUGGCACCCGGAAGAACUCCAAGCGUGCAGUGGCCGCCACCGUCAAACGCCCGCCGUCUUCCUCAUCUUCGACCCAUCCGAACCCGAUCGCGGUGCCGGAUCAUAACCCGAUCCGGGGUUACGGCGGUGGGCUGGAUAUUCCUGGGAGCUUCAGUUCGUUGCUGGCUUCAAAUGGGCAAUUCGGGAAUCUUUUGGAAGGUGUUGAUCCGAAUCAAUCGGAGGUGAAAAUGGUGGAAUUGGGGGAAUUUUCUGGGUCUGGGAGGAAAUCUGCAGUGGAGGAACAGAGCGCCACCGUGCCGGAGAAUUAUUUGGGUGUUUUACAAAAUGGUGAUUCUAAUUGUUGGAGUGGCGGGGGGAGUAAUGGGUGGCCUGAUCUUGCGAUAUUCACACCAGGGUCAAGUUAUCAAUAAGCAGAGAAGAGAAUCCGCCAUUGUUGAUGGAAUUUAAGCUUUUCAAUGUGAUGAUGAUGGAAAAUUAGAAAGAUGAGAUUAGAGAAGGAAGAAGAAUAAGAUGGUGGCACAGACACAUUACAAGACCAACCUCAACCAUUAGACAAUUCCAUAGGUAAAAAAAAAAAAAAAAGAAAGAAAUUUUCUUGUUCUUGUGUGUUCUUGUUUUUUUUUUAUUUAUUUAUUUAUUAUUAUUAUAAUUAUUUUAAUUUGAUGUGUUUGGAACUUGUAUGAAUGAGAAAAUAGAUAAAAGAAAAAGAGAGAGACCCAUAAACUAGAAUUUGUUAAUAUUUUUAAUUGCCACCAUUAUCAGAUAGAACCAAAGCUUUGGCAGUGUGGAAAUGUUGGGAUUUUAGAUUUGAUAA